AUGGCUAGGAUGCUGGGCAGAUCAAAGUCGCUCCGAUUAAAGAGCUCACAGAAAGACCUGCGCCAACAGGAAGCCGACGCGCCCACGCCACUCCCCACUGCCGGCGACGGUGAACCUCGGAGUGAUCAUCACCUGGACAGUUUGAAAGCUGCUGCACAUACCACCAAUCAAGCCAUGCGCGUAGAGUCGCCCGACCAGGUGCAACGCCCUAGAACAGCCAGCACCCCAGGAGACCGCGGCAGGCAUCUCCAGUUCCACAAAAAGGCUGCCCCCGUCGCCAUCACUCCGGACGAUGCCACCUUCGGCUUCCCUCUCCCCUCACCCACGACCGUCCUCUACGCCGCAGAGGUCCAUGAGGACGAUAUGAUCGGGAUGGCUUUGGGCAGUCCUACGACACAGUCCCGCUGGAAUCAUCCUGUGCAGUCUACCGACUAUGUCACACGACCUGAGCUCAAUAGAACUUACACUCAUAUCGCCUACGACCCUUCGUUCCAGAGUUCAGAUUACGAGGAUGGUGUUGUAAAAAACUCUACGACGGAUUCAGACGCCGGCCACGAUGUUACAAAGCCAAAAAUUAGCAGAUGGAAGUCCCUCUUUGGAAGAAAGAACACCACCCCCCAGCCUUUCUAUCAAUUAGACCAGUCUUCAGCCCCUCCGUCUCGAGUAGACAGCCAUAAUGAUGGCGUUCAGCACAGGCAACGGUCUUCAUCUCGCGCAAGUACUCGAGAAGCAUCUAAACCACCAGCACCUACUUCAGCCCACGAAAUCCGUGAAGCGCGCAAGAAACACAAGGCUGCGAAGAAAGCGGCCGCAGAUGAAGCAAAAGAAGCGAGGAAUAUCAAGAUUGAUUCUGGAAAAUCUCUAACUCCAAGAUACGAGCACAUGAAAGCAGAAGUCAGCCCCAAACCACCUCCAAAAGACGAUUGGCGUUUCCAAGUUCCCAAGGUUACUGUUUCCAGCGGCUCCCAAACCACUUCGCCACGAACGCUGGGCUCGGGACCUCUGCUUGAUGUCGACAUUCCGAACGUUGAAAUGGAACGUUACAGUGUGAUGUUCGGGAGUCUGCUACGACCAGACCGGUCCUCGUCUCUCCUCGUGAGACGACAGGCUGAUCCAGGGAAGUUGAAACCUCUAACGGAGCUCUCCAAGAAGAAGGACUACAUCGACGGGAACAACGGGCUACUGAAACCCACCCGGCGAGCUACCUCGCCUUCACCUGCCAAAUCCCCAACCUUCUCCUUAUCGUUGUUCCCCCCACCAGCCAGUAAACGUGACCAUAACCCGCCCUCACCGCGGGUUGCGUCGCUGCACCGGCCUAGGCCCCUAGCACGGUCAAACACGGCUCCAAGUAUCUCACCCAGUCGGCAGACAUUUGCAGACCCAGACGCCGCCGACGACGCGGGGUCGAGGUCACAGAAGAACGCUCCUCGCAGUAGCGCCGCCCCUCGCAUGCACCAGGUCGCGGAAGCCGAGGCAGAACAGGUACCGCAGCUCCUCACUCCCACGCCGUCUACUCGGGCCUCGUUCGAUUCGCAGGAAACAGCCAUGGUGCCCCUCGUCGUGGAUCCUAAUCCCUGGAACCCCCGCCUCGAGGAGCCCGAGUGGGAAAUCCUCUCGAAGCCCGCCGAAGCCGCGUCUCAGGUACAGCGCGAGGGGCAGGGACUGGGGACGAUGCAGGAGGAAUCACAGUCACCACCUCCUCACCACCACCAGCAGGAAAAGCCGCGUCGGCAAUCACAGUCGCAGCCGAAAUCCCCGCCGCAAGCUCAAGACCGGCACUUGCAAAAGCAAUCGCAGAGACCUACCGAGGAGCACCGUUUCUCCCCCACAUCGGCGGGGUCUCAGUCAAGAGAUAGCCCGCGUGUUCAAACCCACCACCACUCGCCGCGAGACAGCCCCCGCUCCCACGCUUUGAACUCGCCAAAGGACCGCCCUGCCCCCAAGCACACCCAAUCGGAAAGGGACGUCCGGGGGAAGGGCCCCACCACGGUCGGCCUCGCGCGGCAGGUCAGUGUGUCGCGCGCCACAGGGCCGAAACUGCUGAAACCGAUGGUCGUGUUACCGCCGGUCUUGUCGGAGAAGCUGGUCGAUCGGAAGCCGCUGACGCCGACGCUGGUCGAGUUGAAGAACUCGGGGCGGAAGAGCCAGCGCGUUGUGCUUGAGGAUGCGUGA